GGUCUGUUUUGAGAGAAAGUUGAUUGCACAGCCACACUGAAGCCAAGAUUUCUCACCACCAUAACAUAAAAAUACGUCAUUGUGGUUUUGGCUGUUCCCUCCCCUACCAGUACAGUGCAGGUACUCUCAUCACACAAACAGCAAGUAAAUCACAACGUGAUGAAUAUUCCAGCCUGACUGAUAUCAUCUUCAUUUAACUCGAUAUUCUUUUCCAAGGAAGGAACAAUGUUCUACAAAAACACCAUCAGCACAACUCAAACUCCCUAACAGAUAAUAUACCUCCUUUCUUUCUUCUGAACGAAACAAACGACCACCAAGUACGCGGCAAAAUUGCCAUUCACACCCACAAAUGGCCUCGCUCCUUCGUCAAAUUGUCGCAGGUCCGCGUUCUCGACACCCAGAAGCAGGACUGGAUCUCUGCUACGUAACACCUAAUAUAAUUGCGACGUCUGGACCCAGCGGCACAUAUCCGCAACGCGCAUAUCGCAAUCCGCUCGAUCAACUCGUUACAUUCCUCGAUUAUAAACAUGGGAAAGAGGGAUGGAUGAUUUGGGAAUUCAGGGCCGAGGGGACUGGAUAUCCGGAUGAGGAGGUGAGAGGGAGAGUGAGACAUUGGCCAUGGCCGGAUCAUCACCCGCCGCCCUUUAAGUUGGUUCCGGGGAUUGUGGGAGGAAUGAGGAAUUGGCUGGAGGGGGCGGGAGAUGGUGAGGGGAAGGAUGAGAAGAAAGAGGGGGGGAGGGUGGUAGUUGUUCACUGUAAGGCUGGGAAGGGGAGAAGUGGCACAAUGGCUUGCAGUUAUUUGAUUGCGGAGUGUGGAUGGAAGGCAUCUGAGGCACUUGCGCGAUUUACAGAGAGAAGAAUGAGACCUGGUUUUGGACAGGGAGUCUCGAUACCAAGUCAGUUGAGAUGGGUUGGAUAUGUGGAUCGGUGGACACAAUCUGGAAAACAUUAUGUUGAUCGCCAAAUUGAGAUUAUGGAAGUACAUGUUUGGGGAUUAAGGGAUGGUGUGAAAGUCCAGGUCGAAGGAUAUGUUGACGAAGGCAAAACAAUCAAAUUAUUCCACGUCUUUACAAAGAAGGAGAGAGUAGUGGUAGAAGGGGAUACACCUGGUAGUGGCGGAAUCAAGAAUAUGAUAUCCGACAUGGCAGGGUUUGGAAAUCAAGAUAAAAUCGCAACAUCCAAGACCACAGAUCGAAUCGAAGAACCCAAAAAUCUCAAACCAACACCACGAGCUACGGAACCUAAUCCCAGCGAAUCAGAAACAGAUUCGGAAACUGGGGGAGGAGCAGUCAUUUUCAAACCUUCUACAAGAGUUAUUCUUCCUACGAGCGAUGUCAAUAUCGAUUUCGAACGCAGGAAUAAAGCUUCCAUGGGUUGGACAAUGGUUACAGCUGUUGCUCACGUAUGGUUUAAUGCAUAUUUCGAAGGUAACGGACCUGAAAAGAAUGGCAAGCCAGAGGAAAAUGGUAUAUUCGAGAUUGAAUGGGAUAAAAUGGAUGGAAUCAAAGGUUCUUCUCGUAAAGGGACAAGAGCCUUGGAUAAACUGGCCGUAGUUUGGAAAGUCUAUGACCCUGAACCAGGUCGUGGUAGAAAAGAAAGUAUCAUUGAAGAACCAGGCCGAAAUUCCCCAGUCCCCGAAGUCCAAGCCGCAGAUUGGAAGGGAGAAAAUGAAGUUUCUCCUACCAAUGGGCAGAGGGAUUUAGGACUCCGAACAGAAAGUCCAGCGAGCGCGGAAGUUAGUAAGGCGAGUAGUAUGAAUGAGGCUGAGAAGGAAAAAGAAGAGAGGAGAGAUGAAGAGGGGUUGAAAGUCUCGAGUCCAACCGGAGAAGAGGAUUUACAGUUGGAUAUUACAAGUUUACCGAAACCGGAAGGAAACGCACCGGUGCCGGAUUUGGAACAGAUUAAUCAGGGACUCGAUACGGCGACGUCGACGACGAUGAAUCAUGAGGCGAGGAAGUGAGUGCAAUUUUCGGAACGGGGAUGCGAUGACGGAAGGGAAAUUACUGACUGUGGGAUGUAGAGAUGUAGGGAAUCAGAAUCGGAGUGAGGUUUCGGAAAAGAAAGGAGUGCAUAAUAUAGAUGAUAUACCGAAUGCACCACCUGUGUCUACAAUCUCAACUGCGGACUUACCGGGUGGUGUGCCGGAGGAUCAGAUGAAAAAUGCAAAGGGUCACAAGUUGGGUCAUUUGCAGAGUGUUAAUAGGAUUAUUGAUUCGUAGUGUUUAGGGGUAUGGGUGGAUGUGUGAGAGGGAGAGGAUUCGUAACGGAUGUUUGGGGGUUUUGCUGGAGAUUUAUGUUUUUCAGAGGGAAGCAGAGGAGAGGAGGUGUUCUUUGAAGGGAUAGGGCAGAACAGAACAGCGCAGAGUGAUUUUUUAUUUUUUAUUGAUUUUUUUUUUAGAAAAAUAUAGAUACCAUUCAUUGCAUGCAUGCAUGCAUGAUACAUUACAUACCCACGUAUCGAUCGACCUUUUAAUUCUAUCUUCAUUCAAUUUUUGUUUGCUAUCGUAUAAACUAUCAUCGAGAGAAUUUAUGAUUCA